AUGCUUCUGGCGCGGAUGAAGCCGCAGGUGCAGCCCGAGAACGGCGGGGCGGACCCGGGGCCGGAGCAGCCGGUGCAAGGGCGCAAAGCCGCGGAGCUGUUGGUGGUGAAAGAGCGCAACGGCGUCCAGUGUCUCCUGGCGUCCCGCGAUGGCGACGAGCAGCCCCGGGAGACCUGGGGCAAGAAGAUCGACUUCCUGCUGUCAGUGAUCGGCUUCGCGGUGGACCUGGCCAACGUGUGGCGCUUCCCCUACCUCUGCUACAAGAAUGGUGGCGGUGCCUUUCUGAUCCCGUACACCCUGUUCCUUAUCAUUGCUGGGAUGCCCCUGUUCUACAUGGAGUUGGCUCUGGGCCAGUACAACCGAGAAGGGGCAGCCACAGUGUGGAAGAUCUGCCCGUUUUUCAAAGGAGUUGGCUACGCCGUGAUCCUCAUCGCCAUCUACGUUGGCUUCUACUACAACGUCAUCAUCGCCUGGUCUCUCUACUACCUCUUCUCCUCCUUCACCCUCAAGCUGCCUUGGACCGACUGCGGCCAUGCCUGGAACAGCCCCAACUGCACCGACCCCAAGCUCCUCAACAGCUCUGUGCUGGGCAACCACACCAAGUACUCCAAGUACAAGUUCACGCCGGCAGCAGAGUUCUACGAGCGUGGCGUCCUGCACCUUCACGAGAGCGGCGGGAUCCACGACAUCGGCCUGCCGCAGUGGCAGCUCUUGCUGUGUCUGAUGGUCGUCGUUGUCAUCCUGUUUUUUAGCCUCUGGAAAGGAGUGAAGACAUCAGGAAAGGUGGUGUGGAUCACGGCCACGCUGCCCUACCUCGUGCUGUUUGUGCUCCUGGUCCAUGGCAUCACGCUGCCUGGCGCCUCCAACGGCAUCAACGCCUACCUGCACAUCGACUUCUACCGCCUGAGAGAGGCCACGGUGUGGAUCGAUGCGGCGACCCAGAUAUUUUUUUCCUUGGGGGCUGGAUUUGGAGUCCUGAUUGCAUUUGCCAGUUACAACAAAUUUGACAACAACUGUUACAGAAAGCCCUCUGCUUAUAUGCAGAUGGGAGGCAUGGAGGCCGUCAUCACAGGCCUGGCGGACGACUUCCAGGUCCUGAAGAGACACCGGAAACUCUUCACAUUUGGUGUCACCUUUGGAACCUUCCUUCUGGCCCUGUUCUGCAUAACCAAGGGCGGGAUAUACGUGCUGACCCUGCUGGACACCUUUGCGGCGGGGACCUCCAUUCUGUUUGCCGUGCUCAUGGAAGCCAUCGGAGUCUCCUGGUUUUAUGGUGUGGACAGGUUCAGCAACGACAUCCAGCAGAUGAUGGGGUUCAAGCCAGGCCUGUACUGGAGACUGUGCUGGAAGUUCGUGAGCCCCGCCUUCCUCCUGUUUGUGGUGGUGAUGAGUGUCGUCAACUUCAAGCCACUCACCUACGAUGACUACAUCUUCCCGCUCUGGGCCAACUGGGUUGGAUGGGGCAUCGCGCUGUCCUCCAUGGUCCUGGUGCCUGCCUACAGCAUCUACAAGUUCUUCAGCACGCGGGGCUCCCUUCGGGAGAGGCUGGCCUAUGGCAUCACCCCGGAAAACGAGCAUCACCUGGUGGCCCAGAGGGAUGUCAGGCAGUUCCAACUGCAGCACUGGCUGGCCAUCUGA